GACUAAAAAACCUGGCUGCCAAACAUGCUCUGACCUGACCCUUCCCCGUGAGUCGUGACACUCAUCCGCCUCAGCCGCUGCUGCUGCCGCCGGAGAUGGAUUUCCAGGUCGUCGUCCUCGCCGGAGGCACCUCCGAGAAGCUCUCGCCCCUCGUCUCCAAGGACGUCCCCAAGGCACUUCUCCCCGUCGCAAACCGCCCCGCGAUCUCCUACGUGCUUGAUCUCCUCGAGUCCAGCGACCUCAAGGACAUCAUCAUGGUUGUGGAGGGGCAAGAGGCGGCCCGCCUCGUCAGAGCAUUCGUCUCUAGCACCUACCUGGACCGCCUUCUGGUGGAGGUAGUUGCAGUUCCUGAGGACAUUGGAACUGCUGGUGCACUACGAGCUAUUUCAAAGCGGCUGGUAGCAAAUGAUGUUCUGGUGGUUAGCGGUGACCUAGUAACUGAUGUACUUCCUGGGGCUGUUGCUGCUACCCAUAGAAGAAAUGGCGCAGCUGUUACUGCCGUACUAUGUUAUGUUCCUGUUAGUGGUCCUUCAGAUGCUCCUUCCGGAGUGAAAGAUAAGGCUAAAAAACCAAAUCGGUUGAACAUAGUUGGGCUGGACAUGACAAGGCAAUUUUUGUUGCAUAUCGUAUCAGGAACUGAUGUUGAAAAAGAUGUCCGGAUUUAUAAGAGAAAAAUCCAAGCUGUAGGUCAGAUGGAAAUUCGAAGUGACCUGAUGGAUGCUCAUCUUUAUGCCUUUAAUAGGACAACAUUGCAGGAUGUACUGGAACAGAAAGAAACAUACCGUAGCAUUAGGCUUGAAGUCCUCCCAUACUUAGUGAGGAGCCAGUUGAUAUCAGCUCCAUCAGGUGGUGAGGGAACAAUAGUUGAUGAGACUGGGAAUGGUGUAGUCCCAUCCAACAGUAAUUUACAGUGCCUGUCACAGCAUCGUGCAAUUGCACCAUCUGCUUUCAAGCAAGAGUUUCUAUCAAGGUCAGGUGGUGGAACUCGUAGGUGCUGUGUUCAUAUUGCUAGUAAAAGCAAGUACUGCCACCGGCUGAACUCCAUUCAGGCAUACUGUGAUAUUAAUCGAGAUGUUGUAGGAGAAGCUAGUCACCUCUCUGGCUAUUCCUUCUCUACACAUAAUAACAUCGUCCACCUAUCUUGUGUACUUGGAUCAAAGACUACAAUCGGGCCACAAUGCAUGCUUGCUGAGGGUUCACAGUUAGGUGACAAGUGUAGUAUCAAACGAUCUGUGAUUGGUCGUCAUUGUCGAAUCGGUUCAAAUGUAAAGAUUGUCAACUCUGUUGUUAUGAGCCAUGUGGUUAUUGAAGAUGGCUGUCACAUCCAAGGUUCUGUUGUAUGCAAUAAUGUGCAAAUUCAAGAGCGUGCUGUUUUAAAAGACUGCCAGGUUGGAGCUGGUUAUACUGUGACUGCUGGUAGUGAUCACAAAGCAGAAUCUCUAGCAAGAAAAUAGAGCAAUUUUUGAUAGCCUUGCAGUGUAUUUUGGAACGUUUUGUGUGCAUAUCAGAUGCACCCCUAUCAGUAAAGAAAGGGGAUACAGUCUUGACUUGAAGAUUUUUAUUACUUCUCGUAUGAGAUAAUAGCAUAGUUUUGAUUGCGGUGUAACAUUCUGUAAAAGUUAUGUGCUCCGAGUUUGAACUGCAGUAAUGAGAUAAUUGCGAUACCUUAUCUGGAUUA